CGGCGCCUUUUGCUUCCGGGAGCUUGUCCGAGAAGCUGUGUGUGUCUUGGCUGUGUGCGGCUAACAAGCUCGAGCAGCCGCAAUCCAUCGUCAUCGCUGGGUUUGACGUCAACAUCCAUCGAAAACAAGGGUCCAGUCCUCUUUGAGAGGCUUUAACUACCUCUCUUCUACCCAAAGACUCCACGCAAUUGUACAAGAGCCAAGGAGGUAGCGUUCAAUCGCUGUCAAUCUCUACUGUCCGCUAUGGCUCCAACCCUUGGUUUUGGGCCUGGCUCCUCCAAGCUCGGUAGUCACAUGCUCCGCAACUCAUUCUACACCCACGGCCGCGGGAGGAAUUGUUACUCGCCAUCUGCCUCGCGACACAUGUUUCUGGCUUCUACGAGAUCGCGAUGCCUAUCACGGCCUUCGGCCUCUUCAAUUCGAACCUUUGCCUCCAAUUCGGGCAAGAGACCAAGAUUUUCCCAGCGCCUCGGCGAGGCCAUGCGAAACUCCAAAAUUCAAUGGUACCGGAUCCCUGUCGGUCUAGGUAUUGGUUUCCUCGGCCUCGUCCAGUUUUAUAAGGUCUCUUCCCGUGAGAAGGAGAGACUCGAGAAUGAAGAUGGACAGGAGGGUUCUAGGGCACCCAAGAAGCGUGCAAGAAUCCGACCUGACGGUCCUUGGCAAGUCCAGGUCAUGUCAACUCUACCCCUAAAGGCUAUCUCUAGGCUUUGGGGUCGAUUCAACGAACUUACUAUUCCUUACUAUCUUCGAGUUCCCGGUUUCAAGCUUUACUCUUGGAUUUUCGGUGUCAACCUCAACGAAGUCGCCGAACCCGAUCUCCACGUCUAUCCAAACCUCGCAUCCUUCUUCUACCGUACGCUCAAGCCCGGUGCUCGGCCACUUGAUCAGGAUCCCCAUACGCUCAUCUGCCCUUCCGAUGGAAAAGUACUUCAGUUCGGCCAGAUUCAGGGCAACGACAUUGAGCAAGUUAAGGGUAUGACUUACACUAUCGAUGCUCUUCUUGGAAAGAAUACUCCUGCUCCAAGCAUCUCCGGCGCUUCUGGUACUUCAACUCCCGCAACAAGCCAAGGCGACGUCUCAGAGGAGGAGUCGCUCGUUAAGCAACACGAGGAGUUUGCUCAAGUCAAUGGCAUUUCAUACACUCUUCCCGACCUUCUCACCGGCACUGGAAAACAGGCUCCUUCGGCAAAGGACGAGUCUAUGCCCGCGUCUCCUGGUACAGUUUCUGAGGUCCGUGCCGAACUCGCCCUCGGUGAGCGACCUUGGUACGAUCUCAUAUCUCCCGACAAUACCACAUCCCUUUAUUAUGCAGUUAUCUACUUGGCUCCUGGCGACUACCACCGCUUUCACUCUCCCACGAACUGGGUUGUUGACCGCCGACGUCACUUUGCAGGAGAACUAUAUAGCGUAUCCCCAUAUCUUCAGCGAACCCUCCCCGGUCUUUUCACACUCAACGAGCGCGUGGUUCUUUUGGGCCGUUGGCGCUGGGGCUUCUUCAGUUAUGUUCCAGUUGGUGCCACCAACGUCGGUUCCAUUGUGAUCAACUUUGAUAAGGAACUCCGAACCAAUAGUCUGUUGACUGACACGGCAGCAGACCGUGCAGCGGAGGAAGCUGCCCGCAGGGGUGAAGUGUACCAUGGAUUUGCUGAAGCGACAUAUGAAGCAGCCAGCCCUGUUCUGCGGGGUCAUGCGCUCCGACGCGGUGAAGAAAUGGGCGGUUUCCAGUUGGGUAGCACCAUUGUACUCGUUUUCGAGGCACCCUCAAGCAAAACAGAUGAGAACAAUAGACAUGUCGGUUGGGAUUGGGCUGUGCAGAAGGGACAGAAGGUGAAAAUGGGACAAGCACUGGGACGGGUCAUUGAGUGAGGUACAGCAUGGCUAUGCAGAGCCAAGAAGCGAGUUAAGCGUUUGGAUAAUUACAGAUAUAUAUAAUUGUAUACUACUAUACAUGAUGUCACGUUUUAUGAAGAAUAUUUCAAAAUUCACUUUCGUAUAUUGGCUGCAAAGAAAGAAAUAUCACUAGAACAUGGCAUGAUUUGGGUUGGC